GAGAAAGGGCAGAGAAGGUUCUUUUCUGCAUCAACAAAACCAACUCCUGGACUUGCUGUCAAUAUCACACCAUAACUGCUAUUGAAGCUCUGCUCUCUGACUUGCUUGCAUACUCUCUCUGUUCUUUCUGUUCACAAAGAUUUGUAAAUUUAUAUUUAUCAUACCAUAUAUACUAUAUAAUAUAUUGUAUGCUCCACUUGUUUGAAGCUGUGUUGCAUAUUCUGGAUCCUAUCAUCUUGUGGCUUUGAUGUCUAGAGCAUUGGAACAUGAUUACAUAGGGUUGGCAGAGAAUCCGUCAAUGGACGGAAGCUCUGACAAACUGUCUUCUGAGGAUGGUAAAACCUCAUCACUGAACUUGAAGGAGACAGAGCUGAGGCUUGGCCUCCCUGGUUGCGAGUCUCCAGAGAGAAAAUCAGGUUCUGCACUCUGUCUUUUUGGCAAAGAGUUGCAGAACAAUAACAAUGUUUGCUCAGUUGUAAGCCCUUUGAAGGCUGGGGCCAAGAGGGGCUUCUCUGAUGUCACUGAGGGAUCUCAAGGAGCUGCUUUGUUCUCUCCAAGAGGGGCCAAUGUUGGGAAACCUAUUAUUGGUUUAGACACUCAAACUAACACCCAACAACAGGCUAACACCACCAUCAAAGAGGUUGGUGCAGUUCUUCCUCAAUCUACUAAACCGGUUCAGGAAAAGAAUGAUCAGGUUGCUGCAACAAAUGGCCAUGCAAGUGCUCCUGCUGCUAAGGCACAAGUUGUGGGAUGGCCACCAAUUCGAUCUUUCCGAAAGAACACUAUGGCCUCUAAUUUGACAAAGAACAAUGAUGACGAUGAGGGAAAAUCAGGAUUUGGUUGUCUCUAUGUAAAAGUCAGUAUGGAUGGUGCCCCUUAUCUUAGAAAGGUUGAUCUCAAAACAUAUAACAACUAUAUGGAACUUUCCUCAGCCCUUGAGAAGAUGUUCAGCUGCUUUACCAUUGGUCAAUGCAAUUCUCCUGGACUUCCUGGGAAAGAUGGACUAAGUGAGAGCUCUUUGAGGGAUCUUCUCCAUGGAUCUGAAUAUGUUCUUACAUAUGAAGACAAAGAUGGAGAUUGGAUGCUUGUGGGUGAUGUUCCUUGGGAGAUGUUCACUGAUUCAUGUCGGAGACUAAGGAUCAUGAAAGGCUCUGAGGCAAUUGGGCUAGCUCCAAGGGCCAUGGAAAAAUCUAGGAGCCAAAACUAAUGCAGAAAAAACCUGUUUGACCGAAGCUGGUUAUUACUGAAGCAUAUAAAGAUUUACAAGGGCGUUUGAGUUUAUGAUUCUGUUCAAAAUCAAAAACAUGUCAUUCAGUGUCUCAGUUUUUGUGCAUUAAUAGUCUGACAAGUUUUAUUAGUAGAAUUCAACUGGAGACAUCCAGACAAUAUAUACACAUAUUUUGUUUGUUUCUCUAUUUUGUGUAUCUUUGGAUUCUAGUUGCUGUAUAAAAGAAUUGCUUGUUGUGCUUUUCCCCUCUAUAACUAUUCUGAAUUUUCUCCAUGUAUUUGUUUUCAAUAUACAUACUGAACCUUUGUAUUUUGUUAUUAAAUGGUAAUAACCAUAUCUCUUGGUCCUAUAA